AUGGGCCCCUGUACCGCCUCCUCAUGCUGCUGCCAGGCCCGUAAUCUGCCAUGGGCCCCCGUACCGACUCUUCAUGCUGCUGCCAGGCCCGUAAUCUGUCAUGGGCCCCUGUACCGCCUCCUCAUGCUGCUGCCAGGUCCAGAGUGUGUCAUGGGUCCCUGUACGGCCUCCCAUUGCUGCUGUCUCCAUCGCCACACUCUGCCAUUGCCACUUUCAGGUCUCCUCACACUGCUGGUGGGUUCCAUUUUGUCAUAGGGUGCUGUAUGGCCUCCCAUUGCUGCUGCCUCCACCGCCACACUGUGGCUCCACACUCUGGUUUUGGCCCCGUGACUGCCAAAUGAGUGAAGUGUGCGGUGAUUCUAAGAUCGACGGCACUCAUCUGCAUGUCAUACUGACUGACAGUAUUAUUUUCUCUUCCCCAGCAGACUCCAAGGGCAUUUAAAAAUUAAAGGUACAGUGUUCUGCACUAAUAUAA